GGCGCCCCAACACCCAUGAGUGUCAGACAGGCAGAAAGCGCAGCCCCUCCCCAUAAGCCCAAACAAAAGGGGGAUGGGACGGUCGCGCGUCCCGCACCGCCGAGCCCGGCAUGGUCAUCUCUUCCUAGAGGGGUUGGAAGAAGCUGAGAUCUCCAGACAGAGCUGGACAUGCACUGCACUUUGACUAUGGAAACAGAGGCAAUUGAUGGCUACAUAACAUGUGACCAUGAGCUUUCCCCAGAAAGGGAGCACUCUAACAUGGCCAUUGACCUCACCUCAAGCACACCCAAUGGACAGCAUACCUCACCAAGUCACAUGACAAGCACAAAUUCAGUAAAGCUAGAAAUGCAAAGUGAUGAGGAGUCUGACAGGAAACCCCGCAGCCGGGAAGAAGGCCACGAUGAAGGAAGCAGCCUUGAAGAACCCCUCAUUGAGAGCAACGAGGUGGCAGACAACAGAAAGGUCCAGGAGCUUCAAGGAGAGGGAGGAAUCCGGCUUCCGAAUGGUAAACUGAAAUGUGACGUCUGUGGCAUGGUUUGCAUUGGGCCCAAUGUGCUUAUGGUACAUAAAAGGAGCCACACUGGGGAGCGCCCCUUCCACUGUAACCAAUGUGGAGCUUCUUUCACACAGAAGGGAAACCUAUUGAGGCACAUAAAGUUGCACUCUGGGGAGAAGCCGUUCAAAUGUCCUUUCUGCAGCUAUGCUUGUCGGAGAAGAGACGCCCUCACAGGACACCUCAGGACACACUCUGUGGGCAAACCUCACAAGUGCAACUACUGCGGACGAAGCUACAAACAGCGCAGUUCACUGGAGGAGCACAAGGAACGUUGCCACAACUAUCUUCAGAAUGUCAGUUUGGAGGCUGCGGGACAGGCCAUGAGUCACCACGUACCUCCUAUGGAAGAUUGUAAGGAUCCAGAACCCGGGAUGGAUAAUGAUAUUUCUCUGGUGCCUUUUGAGAGACCUGCUGUUAUAGAGAAGCUGACGGGCAAUAUCGGAAAACGCAAAAGCUCCACCCCACAGAAGUUUGUGGGAGAGAAGCUCAUGAGAUUUGGCUACCCAGAUAUUCACUUUGAUAUGAACCUAACCUAUGAGAAGGAGGCCGAGCUGAUGCAGUCUCACAUGAUGGACCAAGCCAUCAACAAUGCAAUCACCUACCUUGGAGCUGAGGCGCUUCAUCCUCUGAUGCAGCAUACUCCGAGCACAAUCUCAGAGGUGGCCCCCGUCAUCAGCUCUGCGUAUUCUCAGGUCUAUCAUCCAAGCAGGAUAGAAAGGCCCAUCAGCCGGGAAACCUCAGAGAGUCACGACAACAACAUGGACGGCCCCAUCUCCCUCAUCAGACCAAAGAGUCGACCCCAGGAAAGAGAGGCCUCCCCCAGCAAUAGCUGCCUAGAUUCGACUGACUCAGAAAGCAGCCACGAUGACCACCAGUCCUACCAAGGAAUCCCUGCCUUAAAUCCCAAGAGGAAGCAGAGCCCAGCGUACGUGAAGGAGGAUGGCAAGGCAUUGGAUGCCACAAAGGCAUCUAAGGGCUCUCUGAAGGACAUCUACAAAGUCUUCAAUGGAGAAGGGGAGCAAAUCCGAGCCUUCAAGUGUGAGCACUGUCGAGUCCUUUUCCUAGACCAUGUCAUGUAUACAAUCCACAUGGGUUGCCAUGGCUACCGGGAUCCCCUCGAAUGCAACAUCUGUGGCUACAGGAGCCAGGACCGUUACGAGUUCUCAUCGCACAUCGUCCGAGGGGAACACACAUUCCACUAGGCCUUUGCAUCCGGAGGGGACCCGAAUGAAGGAGAAGGACUGCACAUGAAGAAAUUCUGCACUUACAAUCCCCCCCUUCCCUCGGACAUUAACACGCGUUUUGGGCUUUUUUAUUGUUAUCGCUGUCGGUAAUUCUGAUCCUAAGGACCCAAGCUCAGUGGCUCUGCCGAAUUUUGAGGAAGGAAAAGUGGAGGGAAGGGACAGGGCCAUCUGGGUUUCGCUUUGUUUGUGGAAAUCGAAGGGCGCGGUGCAUCGCUUGGCUCAGCUGGCCCUUGCGUGGUGGGAAAAUCACCCCGCAUCUAAAGGAUGCCACUUGGCCUCUCGAUUCCAGGAUUUUGAUUUGGGACAGGAAAGCAGAGCAUUUCAAAAUAGAACUUUUGUAUGACAUGAGUCAUUGAAAAGAGCAAGAGGAGUUUGGCUCACAGAGUAGAAGAAAAAUUGUUUUCAAAAUGUAAACGGUUUUCUGGUAACGAUCUGGGAGCACCAAUCAAACUUGAUGUUCUACUCGAUGAUACUUCCUAGGGUGAGCUAUCGUCAUGGCGGGGGUGGGGGUUCUCAGUUUACUUCCUCUCUGGAAUUUAUAAUAUGUAUAACACUGUACCACAUAGCAACACUUUCAUGUUACAAGUGGUUAGGAUUGCUUACAGUACAUUUGAGGUCCUGUGAUCUUAUUUUUCUAAACCUAAGAAGCACCUUUUUAGAAUUACUGACUUGCUGUUAUACCAUAAUUUUGGUGACUUUGGCAUUUUGUAGACACCCUGGCAGCCUUAGUUUUAACAUGUUUUACGAAUUGGUAAUUAUGAAUAACGUUUCUACCCACUUUUCAAGAUAAUAAAUGGUCUAGGAGCGACUGAGGCAGUAGUUUUCUGGAGGGUUUCUGCUGCUUUUUUGUAAUGAUUUUUGUUCAUUUUUUUAAGUUCAUAU